AAAUACAAUGAUUGACAUUAUAAGCUUCUAAUAUAAGUUUUUCUAAGCGUUACUCUUUUGUUUUGUAACGUGAUCACAUAAUUCAAACACGUUGAAUCCGUUUUUAACGGUUCCCAGCGGUCAAGUUAUUUUUUCGUUUCCAAUGAAAAAUAUACAAAUAACGUUAUACUUUUUUUUUUUUAAUUAUUCUAAAAUAUUCGUAUCCAUGUAAAAACAAUGUAAAAUAAAAUAAAUUUUUAACGAUUAAAAAUUCGAAAUCGAGCCUAAUUCAAUAAGAUUUAACAAGAAAGACGAAGACGAGGUGUUCUCAACGAAUGGGACAACGAACGAAACGCAGUAAGGAAAUAAUAAAGGAAAAGAAUAUUUUUUUAACUGUCUGAAAUAUUUCAGUUGAUCGAAGAAGACGUAUCUCGACGUUAGCCUGGCUUCCAGGGGAAAAAAGUUCGCAAGCUUUUUGUUCGUUCUACGGAAGACAAAUUGACUUACUCCGCGACAGACAGAAUAGUAAAAUAUUCAUGGGAUUCAACGUUUCUUUGAAAAAACUCGCGAGUCGUUCAAUCCUUCUUUUUUGCAUUUCCACAAAAGAGAGAGGGAGAAAGAAAUCCUUCCACUUUUUUUUUUCAACACCUUGAAUUCUCUCAAUGCGACACGCGUCAUUCCCAUACAUAUAGUAGAUACAUUUCGAUUUAUUCCGUGAUUCCCCUUGAUAACCUGUGAUUAAUACGUAUCGUUCUAAGGGUUUCGUAGAACACGAUAUCUCGAUUUCCUAUAUCUGAUAGAUUAUCUUAAGGAUGGAUGUACAGCGAAAUGUUUUGAACUGGAUUUCUUGAUUAAUCGCCAAACGCAACCGCCGAGCAACGUUGAUCCAUACAAACUUUGACAUUUAUGCGAAUGGUCGGAUAACAAUUGGUUAUUGAGUCGAUAAGGUCUCAGUUGGAAUCUUGACUUCGAGGCAGUUUCUCUUAUAUUGUUUCUAUUCUUAUUCUUGUUUCCGUCCGAGUCGAGAAAAUCAGGGGAAACAUGUUCAAAAAUUACCAUUUCUUUUUCAUACUGGUUAUAACCUUAAUUUUCUUGUAUUUCGGUGAAGCGGACAUUAAGAAGGAUUGCCGCAAAGAGUCGAAAGUUUCAUGGGCGGCGUUGAAAAAGAUGAAAGCCGGAGAUAUGGAGCAGGACGACCAAAACUUGAAAUGCUACUUGAAGUGUUUCAUGACGAAACAUGGUAUUCUGGACAAGAACGCAGAAGUGGACGUGCAAAAAGCACUUCGGCACCUUCCACGAAGCAUGCAAGACUCGACGAAAAAAUUGUUCAACAAGUGUAAAUCUAUCCAAAAUGAAGAUCCUUGCGAGAAAGCCUACCAAUUGGUUAAAUGUUACGUGGAAUUUCAUCCCGAGGUUUUGCAGACCGUCCCUUUCCUUUAAAACUCCUCGCUGAGGGAGAGUGGUAGCCGCAGGGGAAACGCUCGAGUAUAUCCAAGAAAAGGAGACGAAUUCCGUUUUCGCGUAAUUAUACAUGCGAUAAGAAAUAAAAAAAGAAAAAAAGAAAAAAAAGAAUAGAGGGCUAUAAUAUACAAGAUUCGAAGUUGAAUUGUAAUUGGGGGAAAGGAAAGGGGUGGGGAGGGCUCUAGUUCACCUCAUUUAUCACGAAACGGUAUCAAGAGAGCGAAAUCAACUUGUCGAAAGGGAAGGAGGAAGGUCUUCAUUUCGCGAGGUCUUCAUCUCUUUUGUUGGGGGGAGAGAUUUAUUCCCUCCUCCUGUAUACGUAAGCGCGACAAAACCGGAAGGAAAAUCAUUCAACGAGUGAUCGAGCGAAACUUCCGACGACAUUGCAUUUUCAUCGAGACAUUGACAGUCUCGCGGAAAUUAACUUUCACCAACCGAGCCAUUCUUCUUCUUCCUUCCUCUCUGUACACACAUAUAUAUAUCCAAUCUCGUUUAUACGUCCAUGUUUUCUCAGAAAUCGGUAUUAAUGAGCGAUACAAGUUUUAUCAUAAGAACGGGAAACUCCUCCAUGAAUCUACGACGAACGGUUUUAUUUGGAGAAAGAAUUAUUUACAAAAGAAAAAAAGAAAAUUGUGCCGAAGAUCGAAAUUCAAAUUCGAUUUCAAUCUCUCGCGAGGAUAUCGAACGAGUCUAAAUUUAUUCUUGGCCUUAUUCCAGCGUGUCUUUAAAAGAAAAAAAAUUAUUCCACUGGAAUAUUCAAACAUUUUCGUGCUCGAAUCAAAGUUCAACCCUUGUUUUCGAAGAAGCGAAGAGAGAAACGAGAGCGAAGGCGCGAAAUACACACCUUCCCUCCCCCUGUCGCCGCUAUUACCAUUUCCCAGAAUCACGAUAAUCUGUCCUUUCGUAAGAGGAAGAGGAGGGAAAGAAACGUUCUUUCUUUGGGCAACGCGUAAUGCGCACGUGCCGGCUCUAACCGACUUCUGAAAACGCGGCUUAGGUCGCGUCUAUAUAUUCCCACCGUCGUUGGAACUGGGUCACAGUUCUGCCCAUCGGGGGUAUUAAAACAAUCCCUAAGCUCUCCGCUCGCCAAGGGUGGAGGGGUGGAGGGGUGGGCGUGUGCCGAGGGGAGGGGCAAAGAACACGGCGAGGGAGGCGAGCGACACGCGUAGGAGAAAGAGCAAGGGUGAAAAAAAAAGAAGAGAAGAGAAGAGAAGGUGAUGGCAGGGAUCUGAAAAGUUACGAGUCAGAAGGGAUACGCGGGCCAGGUGACGUGUAAAUGCGAGCACGGUGACAAGAGGAUGGGCGAACUCAAGGAAAGGGACUUUGGAGGAUGUUGCUCGAGGAAAGCGAGAGAGACGGCAGGUGGUUGCUGCUUGUCCGGUUGCUGCAAGGAUAAAGGGAAGAAGGAACCGGAACCGGUCUCGAGAUGCUGUGCCGAGCGAAAAUGAAAAACACUUUUCAUUUUUGAUUAAAAUUCUGUAGUAUCGCAGUAUCAUUCGAUGUAAUUUCACACUCUUGAUAUAAUAAACGAAUUCUUUCAAAUUA